AUGGCUGAAGUUCUUAUUAUUGCUGCGAGUGAGUCCUUAAUGAACAGGUUGGUUUCUAUUACCUCCGAUGGGAUAUAUCUUGUUGGGAGUGUCAAAGAUGAAAUGCUAAAACUCCAAGGAACUUUACUCGGUAUUCAAGGUGUAUUAAGUGAUGCAGAGAAAAAACAAGUAGAGAAAGAUGCAGUGAAGAUUUGGCUUCGAGAACUUAAAGACAUAAUCUAUGAAGCUGAAGACAUAUUGGAUGGAUUCGCUUAUGAAACUGUGAGGCGUAGAAUGCUUAUUCAAGUGGCAAAAGAAAAAGACAUGUUCUGUUUCGAUGUCAGCACUCGGAGAAAUACUACAAGUAAUGAUAAUGUUAUCAGAAUCGGAGGAACUUCAUCCCUUGUAGGUGACUCAAAUCUUAUCGGAAGGGAAAACGAUAAGUCAAAGAUAAUAGAUGUAUUAACCAAUAUCUCUAACAGUGAACAGAUUUACCGUAUACUUCUCAUCGUUGGCAUGGGGGGAAUUGGCAAGACCAAACUUGUUCAAAGUGUCUAUGGUGAUAACGUUGUCAUACGUCAUUUCGAGAAAAGACUGUGGGUAUGCAUAUCUCAAAAUUCUAAUCUGAAGCAGAUUUUUGGACAGUUAUUAGAAUCCAUUACCGGAACGAAGAAAGAUAUUUCAAACUUGGAUGUCAUGGUGAAUAGCCUCAAAGAAAACCUUCAAAAUAAGAGAUAUCUGAUAGUUCUUGAGGAGAUGUGGAACAACAAGCACAAUGAGUGGGACGAUAUGCUGAAAACUUUGUUGCCCAUUGGGGCUCAUGGAAGCAAGGUAAUCGUGACAACACGAAGUAAUGAAGUUGCUUUAGUGACAAGGUCUGUAUACAGAUAUAGUUUUAACCGGUUGUCCGACCAAGAAUGUUGGAGGCUCUUCGAGAAAAUUGCUUUUGGGUCUGGAGGAGUAGAGAAGACGGAAAAAUUAAUCAAGAUCGGAAAGAACAUUGCGAAAAAGUGUGGAGGAUUGCCAUUAGCAACAAAGCUUCUUGGGGGUAUGAUGUACUCCAAAAGGGGUGAGAAUGAGUGGCUGUCAGUUGAAAAUAACAACAUAUGGAAUCAUCCCGAAGGCGAAGAAAAGAUUAUAAAGAUACUGAAGCUAAGGUAUGAUCACCUGGAGCCACAUUUAAAACAAUGUUUUGCACACUGUUCUCUAUUCCCGAAAGAUCACAUUUUCAAAAGAAAGAAAGUAAUUCAGCUGUGGAUGGCCGAAGGGUUCCUCCUUAGUCCCAGUAAAGAAAGCGCAGAAAUGGAGAAGAUCGGUAAUGAAUAUUUUAACACUUUGCUGAGAUAUUCAUUCUUCCAAGAUGAGCAGAAAAAUGAGUUGGGAGGUGUCAAGUCGUGUAAGAUGCAUGAUCUUGUGCAUGACCUUGCACAAUCCGUUGCUAGAACUGAAUGCUCGAUGAUAAAUCUUAACAAGAUACCAGAAGUGGAAAUUAACAGUCUUCGGCGUGUAAGUUUGUUCUUUGAAGAUGAGUUCUCAUUUGUGGCUAUGGAGUUGUCCAAGGUGAAGAAAUUGCGGACGUUCAUUUCUACUACACCGGAAUUCAUUGAUCAUACUUAUGCCAUGCAGAUUUUCAUGAACUUUAGUCACAUACGUGUUCUGGACAUGAGCUGCAACGCGAUCACCGAGUUACCUCCAUCAAUUGCAAAGUUAAAACACUUACGGUACCUCAAUCUCUCAAACUCUCGGUUAUCUAAAUUACCUAACUCUAUUACUACUCUCUACCAUCUGCAAAGUUUGAUUCUGAAGAAUUGUUUUGAGCUGAAAGAUCUUCCUCGGGGCAUGAAAAAGCUUAUCAACUUGAGACAUCUUAUUAUCUGUAAAAGUCAAGCUAAUGCAUGGAUACCUCCAAUGCCAAGGGAGGUAAGAAAUUUAAGUUGCCUCCGAUAUUUGCCGGUAUUUGUUGUAGGGAAAGACAGUGGAUUUCGUAUCGAAGAAUUGAGAGACCUAAAUCUUCUUGCUGGUAAAUUACAAAUUCAUAAUUUGGAGAAUGUAAGAGAUGGAAAUGAUGCCCACGGUGCCUGUUUAAAAGACAAACAACAUAUUGUUAGGCUGGACCUAUAUUGGAUCGAAAACGAAACAUUAAGUGCGAAUAUUCCUUCGCUCGGGUCACUUCCUUUUCUUAAGGUUCUCAAAAUAGUAGGACUUGUUGGUGUGCAAACUAUUGGCAGUGAGUUCUACGGUAACAACAAGGGCAAGGCGUCUUCUUUCCCAUCUCUGGAAAAACUCUCUCUAAUUGGUAUGCCAAAUUUGCUAGAAUGGUCAGAUCACAUUUCGUCAUCACCAUCUUCUACUUCUUCAUUUCCUUCAUGUUUUCCUCGCCUAGAGCGGCUGGAGAUCAAGGCGUGCCAUAAAUUAACGGUCAUGCCAAACCGGUUUGCAUCUCUCAAAGUACUGAAGCUUGAACAUUGCAAUGGCGAACCAGUAAGCUCAUUGGUAGAAAGCAAUUUAACAUCCCUGAUGUCCGUGGACAUUGCGUUCUGUAAGGAGCUUGUGUUUCUUCCUCGCGGAUUGCUUAGAGGAAAUAAUAUGCUUCAAAGUCUUGAGGUGUCUAAUUGCGAAAUGUUUCAAGGCUUUAUUCCGGACCAAGAGCUUGAGGAGGAGGAUGACAAGGAGCAAAGGCAUGUACUUAAGAUUUCCACUUCUAGGUUUAUUUGGGCCUAUAGAUUACUUCAUAUACCCAGUAAAAAAGGGCAAGGGGUGUCUAAAUUUGCUGAAACUACCAAUUUACCCUCUAUUAAAUAUUAA